AUGAGAUCCCCACAAGGGUUGAAGGCGAAAUAAGAGAUGGAGGAGUUUGAGGCAUGUGUGUAAUGUGGAAAUUGGAUGGUUGCAGACCACAUCUACCAUUGUCUACGACCCCUCCACAUUCAAUUUGCAUUUUCAUAUAUUGAGAUUCUUUUUCUUUCUUUUUUGGUUGAGAAAUUCAUUUAUUGAUUUUACCACCACAAGACAACCCUAUCAUCAUCAUCAUCAUUGCUCAAAUAUUUAUUCUGCCAGCCAACACCUACUGCUCCAAACACUAAUUAAAUAGUACCAACAAAAAAAAGUAAAGAUUAUUCUCUGGGUUUCAGUGAAAUGGCAGCAGAGAAAUCCACGGUAUGCCUAGUCGCAGUGAUGGACCGUCUCUGGUUUCACCAGAUUAUUCUUUUCGCAGAGACGCCGUCGUUUCGCGCCGCCGAAGAUGUCAAAACCCUCAUUCAUUCAUCAAAAUUCACUUCCCAAAUGCAAGAAAUCUCUCCACUAGAUGAGAUUAGCAGCGAAGAAAGCGAUGAUUUCGAGAAGGAAACUGACGACGAAAUACCGACGAGGUUAAAUCUAAACCUAAACCUGGUCUCCGGCAAGGGCAGGUGCCAGUCAUCCUCGCCGAUUUCAGCCCAGAAAAGAUGGAGAAAUCAUCCGAGUUUGAAGAAGAGCGUGAGCUGCAAAAGAUUAGUGGAUCUGGAGCUGGAAGAAGUGAAGGGAUUCAUGGAUUUAGGGUUCAUUUUCAGAAGAGAGAACUUGACGAAGCGAAUUAUACACUUGGUUCCUGGCCUGCAGAGGAUUGGGUGGUCGGAACAUCACAGCGGCAACGAGAUAAUCAGACCCUAUUUGUCGGAGGCCUGGGCCGUAAGAAGCCCUAAUUCGCCAUUGCUGAAUUUGAGGAUUCCUGCAGCUUCCACAGCUGCAGAUAUGAAGAAACAUUUGAAGUACUGGGCCCACACAGUUGCAUCAGCCAUUCACCAACAUUAAUUCAUCUCCAUCGAUUAAUAUAAAAUUUUUUAUUCUAUUUUUGUUGCUGCUGGUUUAGAUGAGAUCGAUGAAGGAGAACCACUUGUUUUGUGGAGAUUGAGAGUAAAUAGUUUGGAUAUACAUGAAACAUGUCCUACCGACAAUUCGGGAUGCUGUAAGAAAAAUAAAAAUACACAAGAGCUAGAUUUGUUCUUUAGCUGUAUAUGCAUGCUUCAAAAUGUAAGUGGGGUCAAAGUCAAACACAACUUUGAAAUGAAAUUAUUUGUCUCAA